UACGUGGGGACUUACGCCGUGGUAUCUUCUCCAUGAAGUUCUUCCUAUCGGGAUCAUCCGCGGUAGCCAUCCCUGGCACUGGUCCUUUUUUCCAGCUAUGCCAACAGGUACUUGGUGGCGCAACUUUUCUAGUCAUGGUGUUUUUGCAGGUUUGCCUUGCCGGCUCUUCCUCUGGGUUUUCUGGACACAGCCUUGCCUCCAGCCGAGCUUUCAACCAACGACUCCAGAAUUUCAAAAGUCGCCAAAGCAAAAUCCGGUGGUUACUGUCAUUCCCAUCGCAGCUGCGCUUUCGAUCAGUGAUUGUCAAUGAGAUUCUUAGAUUGCUCUCCAAGCAUUUCCCUGUUGACCGAGAACGCAACGAACGAACACGAUGUUCUCAAUACGCUGACAAAGAAACAGCGCUCCACCACCUCUGGACUGCCAGUUUGCUCAAAGUCGAUCAGAGGCACACUCUGCGCUGGGAGGCGUUUCCAGCAUGGCUGAGCUGCUGAGGUCCGAGUUUCCAAGCAAUGCCAGAACGACAACAGGAGGAGGUGGACUCGUUGCUGGCGUGUUAAAGAAACAGUACGCAUCGAUGACUCCGCUGCGCACACUCUCCUGUGACGAGAGUGAGAUCAAAGCAAUCAAUCAGUCAGUAGAUACCUUUGGGAUCCUA